UCUGAGUUGAAUCUGAGCUGCAAGGAAUUAACAAACUCAUUCGGUAUAUAGACGUCCAAGUUCUUUUUUAUUUUCAACCAACCAACCAACAAACUAACUCACUUCCAAACACCCAGUUCACCCAGAUCUAGCCAUGGGCCGCACAAAGGCAACUGCUAAGAAGACCACUGGAGGACCUGCAAAGCGUGCUGAAUUACCGCAAUUCAAGAAGGUCUCCCUCAAUAUCAGCACGCCGCAUGUUAUCAAAUCUAUUUUUCCAAAGUCAACCUUAUCGCGCAAGAAGCCCAAGCCUUCAAUCAAGUCGUCCCAUAAUACAACUAUGAAAACCGCCGCAGCCUUCCCGAAGGCAACCUUACUGCGUGAGAAGCCCAUGCCUCUCUCUCACAACAUAUAUUGCUUCUUUUGCCGAGAUGGUGGUGAUCUUUAUGAUUGCUCCCGCUGCUCACGGUCGGUGUGCGAUGCUUGUGUUAUUGUUCCUGCAGAAUUUCAAGCGCGGGUCAAAGACAGCGACGUUCUUUUUAUUUGUGCAGGCUGUCACGAAAUACGUGGAAAGCAUAGCGGGGAUGAUGGCAUAAGGGCAUACUUUGGAUUUGAGGACAUCAAAGGGAAUCCAAUUCUGGGUGCUCCUGUCACCAUCCAUGGGCACUCUGAAAUGACGAGUCGGUCGCAAAUAUGCAGCGACCCCAUCCUGAUCCUCCAUUUUGUCCUUCAGACUGUGGACCCUCUUGGGUCCCCUGCAGGUGUCAUGCGGGAGAUUUUGCGGCCAUAUAAGCCCAACGAUAAACUCCAAUACCACGAAAUCAUGUUCGAUAUUGGAACAAUGGAGAAGGUCGAGAAGCACAGGUUGUCAAUGGCAAAACUGGUCGCAGAAUUGGAAUGCCUCCCCAUCAAGUUUGAACGAGUAGAAGUCAUUGUCUAUUCUCACUCAGAGACCACACGGGGAGAUAUCUGGGGAGGGUUUGAAGAUGCCGAGCCUGUGGGAAGGGGAAGGAAGAAAGUUAUAAAACAGGGCGAACCUAUCGCGUACUCCAUUGAUGAUGUAAGUUAGAUUCUUCUCUUUGUUGCGGUCUGUCAUGGCUCUCUCCAGUUUUUUGCAGCCCUUUUUGUCGGUGGAAUCGAGGAGUAUCUCAAAGGUGCUACCCUGUGGAUGCUCGUA